AGGGCAGCCGGCAAAGGAUGGCCGAGAGCUCCAAACUCCAGCUCUUCGUCAAGGCGAGCGAUGAUGGGGAGAGCAUCGGGCACUGCCCCUUCUGCCAGCGCCUCUUCAUGAUUCUGCUGCUCAAGGGGAUCCCCUUUACUCUGACCAAAGUGGAUAUGAAGGGGGCCCCGGAUGUGCUGAAGGAUUUUGCCCCGGGAGCCCAGCUGCCCGUGCUGCUGUAUAAUGGGGAGCCCAAAACCGACACCAACAAGAUCGAGGAGUUCCUGGAGGAGACCCUGGGCCCCCCAAACUUCCCCAGUCUGGUUCCCCGGUACAAGGAGUCCACCACGGCCGGGAACGACAUCUUCCACAAGUUCUCCGUGUUCAUCAAAAACUCGCUGCCGGCCCAGGACGAGGUGCUACAGAAGAACCUGCUGAAGGCCCUCCUGAAGCUGGACAGGUACCUGAGCACCCCCCUGGAGUACGAGCUCGCCCGGGACCCCAGCCUCACCGUCUCCCAGAGGAGGUUCCUGGACGGCGAUCAGCUGACACUGGCCGACUGCAGCCUGCUGCCCAAACUUAACAUUGUCCAUAUCGUGUGCAAACACUACCGGCAGCUGGGGAUCCCCCAGGAGCUGCGCGGGGUCUGGCGCUACCUGGACAGUGCGGGUGAGGCCAAGGAGUUCAAAUACAGCUGCCCCAAGAGCGAGGAGAUCGUGCAGGCCUAUCGCACCGUGGUGAGGCCACUCAAGUAGCCAGAGCCCGAUGCUGCCUCUACUCAGCCUGGCGCUGCCUUGUGCCCGCUGCUCCCGGUGCCAGUGCUGGAGAGGGGCCUGGCGCUGCCCUGGUCCUCCUCCAUCUCUCUGCCUUGCUGCCCAUGAACAUCAGACAAGGGUUGAGGGAACUGGAGCCACUGCCCUUCUCACCGCCCCUGGGCUCAGCAGCCUCGGGGCUAGGCCAGCCUGGACUCCUGUGGGGCAGAGGUAGCUGCACCCCCUUCGCCAGUCAGGACUCUGCAGCAGAACACAGGACAGGACCGGACCUCCUGGCUCCUCAAACCCAGUCCCCAUCCCCUUCCUGUACUUAUUGGGGGGCAGGGGGGGCCUCAUUUGGCACCUCUUCCUCCCCUCCCCCCACACAACCCUCGCUGCCAGAGCCUCCUCUUGGCAACUCAGCUAACACUCCCCUUUCAGCUCCUGCUCCACCAUCUGCAGAGAGGGCAGCCUCGGGCUGUGGCCCCAGCCUGUGGAGAGGGCCACCCAGGGCAGGGCAGAUGAGCCCGGGAGAGGUGAGGGGCAGAGAAGAGCAGUGGGGGCUGAGAAAGUUGCAUGAUCCUCCCUGGCCAGGGGGUGCAGCCGCCCCUGGGCUCAGCCACGCUCUCGGCAGCGGUGCUGCUGGAGGGGCCAUGUCGGCAGUUACUGUUCGAAACAGUUCGAAACAGGCCAGGC